AUGGCUCUAGCCCUAGCAGCCACCACAACAGCCGGAGCAGCAGCAACAGCCGCCUACCUAGACGCCCGCCUCCACCUCCGCAAAGACCUCGCCGACUACCGCGAAAGCCGCCACCUCGCCCGUCUAGGCGCACGUCUCGCUCGCGAGAACAAACGCUCCCUCUGGUACCAAUUCGAAGAACAAGCCCACAAACUCCCCAACGAGCAAGCGAUAUGGUAUCGUCCUUCCCCUGCCGAUACAGCGGUGCAGUUUUCUUACAAGCAGGUGUAUGAGAAUGUGUGUCGUUGGGCCGGGUUCUUGCAAGAGGUUGGAGUCAGGCCGGGGGAGCUGAUGAGUUGUUAUUUGGUUAAUUCGCCCGAGUUUAUGUUUAAUUUGUUGGGGUGUUGGGGCGUAGGGAGUGCGCCGGCGAUGAUCAACUAUAAUUUGGCUGGGGAUGGACUUGUGCACUGUUUGCAAGUUGCUGGGGGGAAGGUUUUGGUUGUGGAUGCUGAUGCUGGGUGUGUGGAGCGGAUUGAGGCCGUACGUAGCCGGAUCGAGAAGGAAUUGGGGAUGAGGAUUAUUAUUCUGGAUGAGGCGAUCAAGGCCGCGAUAUAUGCGCGCGACCCGGUCCGACCGCCUAAUUCCUUCCGCGAUGGAGUGACAGGCACCUUUCCCAUCUUCCUCUUCUACACCUCCGGCACAACGGGCCACCCCAAGGCCUGCCCCUUCGAAACGCAACGUUCCUACGGUCUCGGCUUCCCACGCCAUCGCACUACUGGCCUCAAACCCGGUCAAACUGCCUCUUUACUCCGAAGGGGGAGGAAAGCAGAUGUCUGGUACGACUGUAUGCCCCUCUACCAUGGUACCGGCUGCACCGUAGCGAUCGGCUGUCUGAUCUCCGGCCUUACACUCGCGAUCGGGAGAAAGUUUAGUGUCAGGAAUUUCUGGCCGGAUGUCCAUGAUUCCCACGCCAACGCUUUCGUGUAUGUGGGCGAGACGGCCAGGUAUCUGCUUGCUGCUCCGCCUUCCCGCUUAGAUCGCGGACACAAGUUAAAGGCUAUGUAUGGGAAUGGGAUGAGGCCUGACGUUUGGCUGAAGUUCCAGGAGAGGUUUGGGAUCGAGACGGUGAAUGAGUUUUUCAAUAGUACGGAGGGGAUGUUGAGUCUGCUGAAUGUGUGUCGGGGCCCUUUUCACGCAGCGCAUGUGGGGCAUCAUGGGUGGUUGAAAAGGAGGGAGUUGUGGGGAAAGAUUGUGCCGGUGGAGAUUGAUCAUGAGACGGGGGGGAUGUGGCGGGAUGGAUUGACGGGUUUUGCUAAGAGGACGAGUUAUGAACUUGGGGGGGAGAUUAUCAUCAAGUGUGCGAGUGAGAGGGAGUUUGUCGGCUAUUACAAUAACCCUACUGCUACGGCUGGCCGCUUCGAGCGCGAUGUUUUUGUCAAGGGGGAUUUGUACUACCGGACUGGUGAUGCCUUGCGCAGAGAUGGGGAUGGGAGGUGGUUCUUUCUUGAUCGGCUGGGCGAUACCUUUCGCUGGAAAUCGGAGAAUGUGAGCACCGCACAAGUUGCCGAACAUCUGGGUAGAUUUCCGGGAGUGGUAGAGACGAACGUCUACGGCGUGGAAGUCCCCUCCCAUGAUGGCCGAGCGGGCUGCGCCGCGAUAUACAUCCGGCCCGAAGACCGCGCGAGCUUCAAUUGGAAGGGUCUGCUGGACCAUGCGCGCUUGGGGUUGCCGAAGUAUGCGGUGCCCGUGUUUCUAAGGGUGUUGGAGAGGCAGAGUCCCAUGCAUAACAAUAAGCAGAAUAAGGUGCCGUUGAGGAAGGAAGGGGUGGAUGUGAGGAAGAUCCGGGAAGGGGAGGCGGGGAGGGGGGAUGUGAUAUUUUGGGUUAGGGGCGGUGGGGAGAGGUAUGAGGAGUUUGGGGAGGGGGAUUAUGCUAUGUUGGUUGAGGGGAAGGCGAGGCUGUAG